AUGACAAGAAAGAAUAUGUUAUGUGCUUUAGAUAUUCCAGUUGGUAUCACCCUGAAUGUGUGCAAGUACCAGAUUGGGCAAUCAACUCAAAGAGGAAAUGGCAAUGCCAAAUAUGUAAAGAUCACAAAACACUGCAAUGCCAAGUUUUUAUGGAAAAGAACACCAGAUGAAAUUAAACUGUCAACUCCAGAGCUUGCAAAACUUUGGAAUGUAGGAUGUCAUAUCUGGAAAAGAGAUUUUGUAGCUGUUUAUAAUGCUCUGAAAGAAGAAUGGUCACCUUCUAUCCAGCCAAUCAUUGCAGCAUUAACAGAAAAACUUCAGAAAAGGACAUUUGAUUUAGUAUCCAACGCAUACACCUCUAUCAGAGCAGAAGACUUGGCUAAACUAAUGGGGAUAACAAGGGAAGCUGCUUUGAGUGCAGCUGUUACCAGUGGAUGGAUUAGUGAUCCAGCCACAGGAAUGAUUACUCCCAAGAAGACAGAGCUUCCACAGAAAGAGAUUCCACUCACAAGUGAACAGGAACUUGCACUAUUGACAGAUUAUGUGUCAUUUUUAGAAAAUUAACUUAAACUUGAAAAGCAGUGAUACAUUUUAGAUAUAACUUGUAUAAUCUGAGAACUAGCAUUCUAAAUGUAAAUAACUUCAUUAAGACCAAAGUUUGUUGUAGUUUACGGACUCAAAGAUGACUUUGUAUCCAGUAAGAAAAUGUAGGCAACAUGCAUACACAUGAAGGUAGCAAUUAUGGCCUUUUUCACUGGAGAGUCUCUGUGUCUCAGUGGUAGAAUGUGGGAGUGUGGGAUUUGCAAAGACCAA